AUGUAUGAGGCAGCAGCAGUUCUGCAUCGUCCACCGCAUAUUUUGCCACCAAAAACUGGCACAUUUAUUCAGUAUGUUGCAGACAACGCUGAUAUAAUUCACAUCAAGGGGAUUAUUAAAAUUAUUACUCCAAAAAGUUCAGUUACAGCAGAAGAGCCUAUAUUACGAACAAACAUACUUCCGUCAGUGCAACAUUUUGCAGAAAAAGCUCAUGUGCUAAUACAAGUCUAUCAAACAGAUGUUGUAGUAGGAUAUAGCAAAAUAGCUGUGCAGGAUUUUGAUUAUAAAAGUAAUACACCAACAUCUUUACUUAAAAAAGUAGAUAUGUUAUGGUUAUAUGGGAAAUGGAAAAAUUUAUUAUUGCCUGGUUGGAAUGUUUAUAUUGAACAUUUAACAAGUAAUAUUAUAAAUUUUUCGGAAUCUCGAAUUUUAUUUUUACCAUUUAUUCAUCAACCAGCGAGUAACUACAAUACCAUAUACACAACUUUACUGUGUGCUUUAGAAGAUGCAAAACGUUAUGGCCACGAUUAUUGUAUUAUUACUUUUGAUCAACCUUUGUAUGCAAAAGCUCGAGAAAUCGUAUCCGCAGCUCCUGAAGGAUCUGAAUUAUCGAAGAUCAUAGUAAGACUUGGAGGUUUUCAUUUACUUAUGUCUUUUUUUGGAGCGAUUGGUUAUAUUAUGCAAGGAAGUGGUAUAAAAGAAGUACUUUCUCUAAUUUAUGUACCUAAUUCAUUAGAAAAAAUGCUCAAUGGUCAUGCUUACGCGAGAGCUGUUCGAGCUCAUACCUUGCUUCAUCUUACUUUAGCAACAGUAAUAUCCAAAGAGCUUCUUCUCGAUAGUGAGAUGGAUGAAAAUAUUACAAAUACAAUUGAACUUGUAACAAACAAAACUAUUUCCUACAAUGAUAUUGAAGAAGGCGAUGAAAUAGCUGAAGCAUUACUUUAUCAGUUUAAUGAAAAACUACAGGAGCACGGAGAACGAGGACCUUCAGCAAAACUAUGGAUACAAUAUUUUCAUAUGGUGUCUAUUGCAAAGCAAUUUAUAAGAGCUGAACGUAUGGGAGAUUGGUGA